UGCUCGAUCUUCGGCCGCCGCCCAAUGAGCGCGUGGAACAGGGGGAAAAAGGGCGUGAAGCCCAAUCGCAGCGCCAUCACAGUUGAGGGCAAAGAGGUUAGGCAGCCGGCAUGGCGCUCCGGUCAAUAAAAUCGAUAGCUGGAAACUGCCUGUGUUUCAGGCAAAGGCGGUGCAGUAGCGGCGCCGCCAUUUUCCCCGAAGGCAUCUUCCGGUGCCUUUCACCCAAGUUCGGGCAGGAGUUUCCUGAAUAACAGCGAAAGGUUUCCGUUAGCCCCGCAGGCGGCCGAUUCCGGUUCCCUCCGGGCCUCCCCAGGCACGCUCCGCCUGGGUGGAGGGGGUGGCUCCCAAAUCCAGGGGCCCGUCAGCGCCCGGGGCCGAGGCCGGGACCGGGAAAGCCGUGGCGCUGACUUUGUCGGGUCCAAUGGCGCGGCCUUCGGCUCCGCUCCCCGCGCGGGGACCAGGAGAGGCCAGACCCGGCCGGAGAAGGGGAAGGAGGCCGAGGGCGGUGAAGUUUGGGGACGUGGCCGUGUACUUCUCCCUGGAGGAGUGGGGGUGUCUGCGGCCCGCGCAGAGGGCCCUGUACCGGGACGUGAUGCAGGAAAACUACGGCCACCUGGGCACGCUCGGGUGCGCAGGUCCCAAACCAGCCCUCAUCUCCUGGUUGGAACGAAAUACCGAUGAUUGGGAACCGGCAGCCCUGGAUCCACAGGAGUGCCCAAGGGGGGUAACAGUCCAAAGAAAAACCAGAAGCAGGAAGAAGAACGAAGAGAAGGAAGUAUUCCCGCCUAAGGAGGCACCGCGAAAAGGGAAGCGAGGCCGCCGGCCCAGCAAACCCCGCCUGAUCCCCAGGCAGACAUCCGGAGGUCCCAUCUGCCCUGACUGUGGUUGUACUUUUCCCGAUCACCCGGCCCUGCAGAGCCAUAAAUGUGCCCAGAAUCUGAAAAAGCCUUACCCUUGCCCAGACUGUGGGCGCCGCUUUUCCUACCCGUCCCUGCUGGUCAGUCACCGGCGGGCACACUCUGGGGAGUGUCCCUACGUUUGUGACCAGUGUGGCAAGCGGUUCUCCCAGCGCAAGAACCUCUCCCAGCACCAGGUUAUCCACACAGGCGAGAAGCCCUACCAUUGUCCUGACUGUGGCCGCUGCUUCCGGAGAAGCCGGUCCUUGGCCAAUCACCGGACCACGCACACAGGUGAAAAACCCCACCAGUGCCCCAGCUGUGGGCGUCGCUUCGCCUACCCCUCCCUGCUCGCCAUCCACCAGCGCACGCACACCGGAGAGAAGCCCUACACCUGCCUGGAAUGCAACCGGCGCUUCCGCCAGCGCACUGCCCUGGUCAUCCACCAGCGCAUCCACACGGGCGAGAAGCCCUAUCCGUGCCCGGACUGCGAGCGGCGCUUCUCCUCCUCCUCUCGCCUGGUCAGCCACCGGCGGGUGCACUCCGGGGAGCGACCCUAUGCCUGCGAGCACUGCGAGGCCCGCUUCUCGCAGCGCAGCACGCUGCUCCAGCACCAGCUCUUGCACACGGGAGAGAAGCCCUACCCCUGCCCGGACUGCGGACGUGCCUUCCGACGGAGCGGUUCCCUCGCCAUACACCGCAGCACGCACACCGAGGAGAAGCUGCACGCGUGCGACGACUGUGGCCGCCGCUUUGCCUACCCCUCGCUGCUGGCCAGUCACCGGCGCGUCCACUCGGGCGAGCGGCCCUAUGCCUGCGACCUGUGCUCCAAGCGCUUCGCCCAGUGGAGCCACCUGGCUCAGCACCAGCUCCUGCACACUGGGGAGAAGCCCUUCCCCUGCCUCGAGUGUGGCCGUUGCUUCCGCCAGAGGUGGUCUCUGGCCGUCCACAAGUGUAGCCCUGGGGUCCAGAACUGUAGCCCUAGAUCUGCGAUAGGGGCGCCUAGCCAGAAAGGCAAUGCCCUUUAUUGUAGAAAAUCUGUUGUGCUAGUCUUCAGAUGUGCCCAGGGAGGCUGGGACCCGGCGGACGAAGGAAAGGGGCGCUGGAGCCCUGAGGUUCGUCGGUCGUGGCAGUGUUACAUCUCCCCGGAGGAAUUGAGGUGGGGGGCGGGGGAGGGGGGUCUGCGGCCUGUGCAGAGGGCCCUGAACCCGGACGUGAUGCGGGAGACCUACGGCCUCCUGGGCGCGCUCGGUGAGGCCCGGGGGCCCGGCCAGGACCCAGUAAUCUGUGGGAAGGGACCCGGGACCGGCUUCCGGAUCCGCAGUCUGGAGGCGUGGAGGGAGAGCAUCCGGGGACACACCGUGCCUAGAUCCUCGGUGGGUUCCAGAGCCGACCCACCGAGACUUCCGGGCGAAAACGCCCCGCCGGUCCCACCUCGCGGCCGGGCGCGGGGACCAGGCGGCCGCUGCUCGGGGUUGGGAGGCCCCAUGGCGCCGCCCCCAGCCCCGCUCCUGGGGCUGAGACCGGGGGAGACCGGGCCUGGUUGCAAGAAGCCCUUGGCCGUGAGGUUCGCGGACGUGGCCGUGUACUUCUCCCCGGAGGAGUGGGGGUGUCUGCGGCCCGCACAGAGGGCCCUGUACCGGGACGUGAUGCGGGAGACCUACGGCCACCUGGGCGCGCUCGGAUUCCCAGGCCCCAAACCAGCCCUCAUCUCUUGGAUGGAACAGGAGAGUGAGGCUUGGAGCCCCGCCGCCCAGGAUCCUGAGGAGAGGGAAAGCCUGGGAGGAGCUCUGAGAGGAGAUACCCCAAACAAAAAGGAAGAGGAACCCAAGCCAGCUCCAGGAGCCAAAGUACAGAGAAAGACUCCUGGGAAGGAGAGGCCUGAAGAGCCAGUUAAACACAACCCUGACAUGACCAUCAGCAAAACCUCGGCAAGAGCACAGGCACCCAGGAAAGCCACCUGUGACCAGAGCGCAGGUGCGCAGCCCCCAGUCCCAGUGCCCAGUGUGGAUGCUCAGGCCAGCCAGCGGCGCCACGUGUGUGCAGACUGCGGCCGCCGCUUCACCUACCCCUCGCUGCUGGUCAGCCACCGGCGCAUGCACUCGGGUGAGCGGCCCUUCCCCUGCCCCGAGUGUGGCAUGCGCUUCAAGAGGAAGUUCGCUGUGGAAGCGCACCAGUGGAUCCACCGCUCCUGCUCUGGGGGGCGGCGGGGCCGGAGGCCCGGAAUCCGGGCUGUGCCUCGGGCCCCGGUCCGAGGUGACCGGGACCCGCCGGUGCUGUUCCGGCACUACCCGGACAUCUUUGAGGAGUGCGGGUGAGCGGCUCCUGCCGGCUGGGCUUGAGCCUGACCUCGGCGCCAAGGACUGACUGGGCCCUGAGGGAGGCUCCCGAGUCAGAGAUUUGGGACCCAACAUUCAUCCCUUGGGCUUCCUUCAAGGAUCCCUCAAGUUUCCAAACUUGUAAAAAGAAAAGUGCCUGUAAAGAUUCAAAUAGAUUAAACUUGACACCUCCUCUCCCUAGUCUUUCUAAAGAAAAAAUGAAGAGAGUGAGAUGCUGGACUUUUCUCAAAGUGUUAUCUCAGUAGCAGGUGCAACCAAGGUCAUGUGCAAACACUGUCUGCCCCCCCAAAAAAAAAUCCCCACUGCUUAUGCUCAGCAGAGGUUAAUGCCAAGGGGGACUAAGGCUGAGGAGGAGGCGUCAGAUGGAGGGCAUGGUCUAGCCCCAACUAACUGACACCAACAGGAGGCCCAGGCAGUGAAGUGGGUGGAAAGAGUACAGAAGCACCGGGUGCAGACCUAGUCUACAACUUGUCCCCAAGGCAUAGCUGGUAAGUCACACACCCUCCCUGAGCCUCAGCUCCCUCCUCUGUAAAAUGAGGAUCAAUAGUAUCUACCUCAGAGGGUUACUGUGAAGACUGAAAUUGUAACGAGAUAAUAUGUAUGACAGUAAAUGUGCAAUAAACAUUUGUUGAAAGACUGAAA